AUGUGUCCACAGUCCCACAUUCUGCGAUGACAGGCAUGCUGGAGAAACCUCUGUAAGGCAAGAAGACACUGUCAUUGUCGUGCGGUUUGGUUGCGGAGUUGAGCCGCACAGCUUGUACUUAGAGAGUCAAUAAUGAUCCAAGUGGCGCACUAAAUGCUUGUGUUGUACAGAAUCCAGCUCUUAAACGUGCUUAAUUUGCAUCGCUUUAGCAAAUCUCUAAUAUUUACAGCAAUAUUUUUUUUUUUAAAUAUAAUAUCGAUUUGCAGAGGAUGAAGUGUGGCCGAUUUUCCCGCAAGCCUGUCAACAAACCACAGGGCGCUCGUAAUUCCGCCUCAAACACUCACAGAGCUGAUACAAAGAGCCGCAGAAGCUUUAAUUUGUUAUCUCUUCCCUUGUUUCCGAGGAAGACGCAGGGAGGGGAGAUGAAGAGAAGAGGGUUGGAGUCACCAGAGGGAGGGAGGUGGGGGGGCAGAAAAGGCGGAACAAACCGGUGAGCUCGGAUACAAGCUGUAGCUUCUCGCCCGCACUGCAGAUUAACUCUUACCGCGCCGGGAAGACGCAGCUGGACUCGGAUUGGACUGGGAAAGCUUCUUCUUUCCAAGGCUCACAUAACCACUCUUCAGCCUACAAUUACUCUCCCUGUGGAGCACAAGAGCUCCUCCUAAACUCAGGUCAUUCCUCAAGCUGCCACAUACAGAGCUUGUGGACUGCAGCCAGACUCUGUGGAGACGGGACAAAACAAAGGGAUGCACGAGGGACACAUUGACUGAGAGUUGUGCUUCUGACCCUUAUGUCUCCUCUUUUGUAAAAGUUGAGCAAACAUUACGAAUCACCACUUUCUCACAUAUGUUGACCACGGCUUACAGCGGCCACACAUUUUUGUGUGUAUGUUUGCUUCGCAGCAUCUUGGCAAGUACCUAACCACAAGAGGGAGCGUCCGGUCUCGCCUCGUUCGCAUAGGGGAGCUGUAGAGCGCAGCCUUCUGUUUCCGCAUGCAGAACAUCCUCGAUCAAAACUUAGACAUGGCCACAGCGUUGCUCGCGGGCGAGAAGCUGAAGGAACUCAUCCUGCCGGGCUCCUCUCAGGAUGAGAAGGGUGGGGCACUGGCUGGCCUCAUGGUGCAGCUCAAACUGGAGCUGCCCUUUGAUCGGGUCGUUACUAUAGGGACGGUCAUCAUCCCCAUCCUGCUGGUCACCCUUGUCUUCACAAGAAACUUUGCAGAGGAGUCUAUAUACUGUUACACACCACACAACUUCACCCGAGACCAGGCACUUUAUGCCAGAGGCUACUGCUGGACAGAGCUUCGUGAUGCUAUUCCUAAUGUGCAGCCUCAUCUUUGGCCCUCGCUAUUUGAACAUAAGUUCCUGCCCUACGCCCUGCUGGCCUUUGCGGGGAUUAUGUACAUUCCUGCUUUGGGUUGGGAGUUCCUUGCCUCUACUCGACUCACCUCAGAGCUCAAUUUCCUGCUUCAAGAGAUUGAUAACUGCUACCAUCGAGCCGCUGAGGGCAGAGCCCCAAAGAUCGAGAAGCAGAUUCAGUCCAAAGGACCUGGCAUAACUGAGCGGGAAAGGAGGGAGAUUAUAGAAAAUGCAGAGAAGGAAAAGAGCCCUGAGCAAAAUCUUUUUGAAAAAUAUUUGGAGAGACGAGGCCAAAGUAACUUUUUAGCUAAGAUUUACCUGGCUCGCCAUCUGGCUAUCAUGUGCCUCAGCUCUAUCCCCAUUUCCUACCUGAGUGCAUACUAUGCCCGCCAAAGGCAGAAUGAGUUCACCUGUGCACUAGGCGAGCCUCCAGAUACCAGCAGCUACCCAGAGUUGAAGCUUAGAGUCAACUGCAAGCUCCCCGCUGUGCAGCUGCAGCGCAUCAUGGCAGUGGUGGACUUAGCGCUGCUGUGUACCAUGAACUUCAUCAUCCUACUUAAUUUGCUGCAUCUGUUUGUGGUGCGUAAGUCUAACUUUGUGUUCGACAAGCUGAAUAAAGUCGGAAUCAAAACAAAGCGACGGUGGCAGAAGUCUCCGUUCUGUGACAUCAACAUUCUGGCUAUGUUCUGCAAUGAGAACAGGGAUCACAUUAAGUCACUGAACAGACUGGAUUUCAUCACCAACGAGAGUGAUCUGAUGUAUGACAAUGUUGUCAGGCAGCUGUUGGCUGCACUUGCACAGUCCAACCACGAUGCUACACCCACUGUGAGGGAGUCUGGGAUACAGACCAUUGAUCCCAACAUGGAUCCUUCGGAUCUCGGGGUGGGAGACAUGGCCAUGGAGCCACUCGUCAUCAAACGGCCCCGGAAAAAGAUGAAAUGGAUACCGAGCUCAAACCCUCUUCCUCAGUCGUUCAAAGAACCACUCACGCUGACCCGCUUGGAAAAUAACACCAAGCCUGAAAAGCCCAAACCACUGAGACGCAAAACCAUGGCAGACAGCCUCAUAGCACCACUGCUGGACAGUAAAGGCACACAAUAUCCUUCAGCUAAAGACAUCAGUGGGAUGGAGAAAAAGCACGCACGAAACUUCUCCCUGGACGUCCAUCCAUACAUGCUGACAAAUCGCAAGCCCAAGGUGGAGGCCUCAGUCGUUGAACCGCUGCCACCAGAGCACAAUCUGGACACAGUUUACCUUGAAGGCACUCACACUAUUGUUCAUGUGUCUUGUGCAAUGACAGAAACCAAGGUUAGCUCCCCAGUAUCGACCACUUCUGCCUUUUCCACAGCAACUCUGCCCUCCACUACAUACGUGAAUGGGGUGAGCCCAAACCCUCCCUCUAGUGAGGAUGCGCUUAGUCCCAAGUCCUCCCCUGCACAAAUAUUGCUUCUGCCCCCAACGGAGAACCCUGAGCCACCACUGCUGACCAAAGCCCCCACACACCAGCUCCUGAGCAUUCAUCACACUCUUUUUGAAGAAGAAGAGGACGCAGAAAACAGAAGAGGCAGGCUUGAAGAAAGACCUGGGGAGCUAAUUGCUGCUGGAGAAUGUUGAAAAAUGUAUCCGAUUUCUAAGCAUAUGAUCAUGAUCGCUACAAUCUCCUUUUCCAAAAAUUGUCCUUCUCCUCAUCGCAACUUCUGUGAUUGGUGGAUUGUGUCGACUGACAGGAUGAAAUUCAACAGCACAAAGUGUGGUUGUAGGAAAAAGAGGGAAAAAUGAUGAUAACAUAUGUGUUUUUGUCAUAGGAAAUGAUGUCACCUUCAUGCCUCAGGAUGACUGUGUUCAGCUGAUCACCCACCAAUGAAACCAGCAGUGAUAUAUUAUUCAACAGGGUGCUAAAGAGCAGGGUAAAACAGCGAUGCUAAAAAAAGGUACAAGGUGAAAGAAAAAUUAAUAAGCUUUUUAAUAUAAAAAUGAGAGACACCUUACAAAUCCAUAUUACCUAGAAAGACUGCAUUACAGCUUAAAAAAACAGUAUGUAGUUAAAACAUAUUAACACUUUGUCCCUUUAUCCCUCUAGCCAAGUAGAAAUGUAGCUCAUGCAAUACAGCUGUUGAGAUCUGCACACUUAAUAUGCAAAUGAUCACAAUAUAUAUGUGGCAAUAAUAUAUGCGCUUUGAGCAUUAUACUUUACAAAAAGUGUUGGUAUAUGUUGGGUGUUUCAAAUCUAAAAUAGUUCCAUGGCUUAUCAUUUUCAUUUCAACAUCGCCAUUGAUACUUCACUGUAUGUGCACAUCCUUUAUAACAGCAGGACGACUUAUAUGAUUAAGACUGUAAAUGGUAACGAUAGAGGUAUAGUGCCUUGCAAAAGUAUUCAUACCCUUUAAACUUUUUUUGCUAAUUUUAUUUGCUUCAUUCCAAUUUUUGUGGUAGAAUAGAAUGCAGAAUGCAACGAAAUGCACAUAAGUAGAAGGAAAUGGAUACCUGAUUUCAAUAUUUUUCUAAUCUAACAUAAAAAGUGUUUCGUGAAUUGGUAUUCAGACUCUGAAGUCAAUACUUUAUAGAACCACCUUUCGCUGCAGUCACUUUAUUAGCUAUUACUUUGACCAUCAAGAGAUUUUAAAUUUUUGCCCAUUAUUCUUUGCAAAAUAGCUCAAAUUGAGUGGAAUUGGACAGACCACCUGAAGACAUUAAUUCCCAUGACUUGUCACCAUUUCUUAAAUGAAGUUACUGUCGGUCAGGACUUUGAUCAUCACCAAUGUAACUUAGGAAUAUGAUUUGAUUUGAAGCAAUAUGCUAAAACUGUAGCUGUAUGUUUCUUGUUGAUUUCCUGCUGUAAGGUUAACUUCUGUCCCAGUCUAAAAUCUUUUCAGCCUUUGACAGGUCGUCUACUCGUAUUAACUUUUAUUGAGCAAAAUUCAUGUUCCCAUCAACCAGAUUUGUGCAUGAUUUAUAGUUGACCUACUGACAGAUUCUCCCACCCGAGCAGUAAAUGUCUGCAGCUCUUUCAGCGCAACUAUGUGCCUUUUCGCCUCUUGACUGAUUAAUGUCUGCCCAAUUAAUCCUUACUCGUCCUGUCAGAUUUUCAAAUGCACCAUACUUUUUUCUUAUUCUCAGAUUAUGGAUUAAAAAGUGCCUGGUUGUAAGUUUGUAAAGUAUAUUAUUUAACCUAACCCUUCUUUUUAUUCCCCGCCACAUUCCUGUCCCCUCUUGUGUCUGGUGCAUUUCUUGGUUUAAAAAGGCCACACUUUGAUUUUUAGGAUAAAAAAAAAAGAAACAUGUAGACUUUUUCCAUUUCAUUUGAAAAUUAUACAUGACUUUGUGUUGGUCAA